CCGUAUACAGUUACACAGCAUCGUUCACCGUGCACCGUGAUAGCUUGCCGUCGGCCUAGACAAUUGCCUGCAAAAGUUUUGCCACGCUCUACGAGUCGCGGCCAACUUCCGCCGGCGCCUCACCGCCAGCAAGAGCUUCGCUGCAUUUGGAGCACACACAAAGUUGCUGUGCACUUCAGCGGAGGCAUCGCGCUUGCGGCGAGCCAUUUUCGUAACUGGAUUUUUAACUCGGGUUCGACCCUGCCUAAUUUCAGCCAACGCCAUGGUCUGUCCUAUGCGCUUCGUGCUGGUGGCUAUUAGCGCCGUGCUUGCUCUGACCGCGGUGGUGCUGAGCAACCGGCCUGAAGGCGAGCCGGGCUCGGCUUCUUCCAAGACCCGAGAGGAGCAGCAAGCCGAGCGAGCAAGGUCGUGGAAAGAUGGAAUGUACUUCAUUCGGGACGCAUUCACCGGCAAGUACAUCUACACGCAACUUGUGCGCUACCGUGGCGGGGCCCGCGCUGCAUAAGCUAGCCUUUGGGUGUGGCAUAGCAUCGUGCGUCCGUUGAGCGCGUGUCGUGCCGGCCAUACGUUGCGUAAAGCUUAACAGCAAAGCAGGUGAUUCUUCUAUGGGUGUAGAGUUUUCUUGUAGGUGCAGCUAUUCAUGCCACUAUAUAUACUAGUUUUGUAGGGAGGGAAGGGGUGCAGAAAACGGGCUGGGUUUUCCGUUGACGGUUGGAUGCGACGGACGGUCUUGCAUAUCGCAUUUGUAUCCUAGUUGAGUUUAACUCUCAUGCGCAGUAUUUUUGGUCGGUGGCUGAGCCACAUGCCCGGGCAGCGGCAAGGCACGAGCAGGGGGGCACGCAUAAUGGUGGAUGACCAAGAGGUGGCCACUUGGGUGUUAGGCUGGGGUGGGGUCAGAGCGGCGCUUGCGUGUCAGUUGAGGGAACCUCGAUUGGUUGGAUGGGCAUAGCAGUGUUUGUUGCGCACGGGCGUGCCUAGCGCAGCCCCUCCAACUCAUGUAUGGUCGGUAUUAAAGAGAGUGCUGUCGGUAAGAAUGAGGAGCGUAGUGCUCCAUCCAAACACAGCAAUGAGUACUGACGUGAAUAGCCUUUGCAUAAGAGGAUUCAAACUCGCCAUUGCGAGCUAAGUGAUGUACAUAGACUUGGCAGCUGAUGAUGCGUACACACACGCCACGGUGCGCAUCCUGGUGGGCAUGUUGUUGGGUUUGCUUCAACUGCGCAGGGGUGCCAGGCACCCCUGCAACGGAGCAGCACAGGAUGUGAUAUUUGGCGUCGUAGGGUGGCGGCCGUGGGUGGCGGCUUUCGGCCUGGGCCUCUUCUUUCUACAAGGACAGGACAGCACGCUGGACCUGGCGCACCACCUUGUAAUCACACACACGC